CCACCUGAAUAAAAAUACACGUGUGGCGUUUCAGGAAAUCUGAUAACAGUAUUACGCGGGGAAACGAGGAGGAUUCUCCGUGUCUGACGUGAAGCUCGUCUUGAUGUGGAGGAGAAAUGAAUUAGAUCGUGAGUGCGCAUUUGUUCUUCCUCUCUGGAUCCUGUUUUUCGGACCCCUCCUCGGCUCCACGCAGGACGACAGAGCGGUGGGAAAAUCUUCAAACUUGCAGGAAAAACAACAACUUGUUUACAGCAGUUGGAGCUCAUCGAGCCAGAAGGACCAGCGCGUUUAUUUCAUUCAGAACAUGACCACUUCUUUGGAGAAGGCCGUGGCCCAGAAGAAGGAGGCCAUCGAGGCGGUGAUGGACAUGUUUCAGAAGGGAGCCGAGGUGUUGGCCAGCGCCGUGGGCGAGCUCUUCCCCCUCUGUGAGGCCGCCGCCCCGGUCCUCCGCUUGGCCUUGGACAAUGUCCACAGCAAAGAGGUCUUCUACGUCAAAGAGCAGUUCCUGACGGUGAGAAACAAGCUCGACGUGCUCUCCACCCAACUAGAGGACAUCGACUGUGAGCUCAAGAAGAAGAGUCUGGAUACCCGGUACUUCUCAGUGGAGGAGAUCAUCAGGAACCAGUUUCGGAAGUAUAUGGACAUCUUGGAGGCGAAACAGCAGUUCCGGGAGGUGAAGACCAGACUUUUUGUGGAGCACUUUGCCAAAACUGGAGGCGAGAAGAACCUGUUUUUGCUCUACGAUGCUCUGAUGGGGACAAACGGCUUCGGGGAAUCUGUUUUAGAUUUGGUUGAUAGGUACGUGGCGAGGAACCGUCGUCUCCUGGAAGAGUUCUGCGUCCGGAUGAAGGAGCUCCUCUGUUUGGGUCUGAUCGCUCUGUUGGGCCACUGUGCCUUAACCCGCGGCCAAGACGAAGAAGACGACAAAAUCCAGGAGUGGAGCAGCAUUAUUGAAGAGGUGGAGUCCAAGAUGAAGUCCUCCAUCGAGUCCUGUGUCGCCGCCUUCCCAGAGCAGGCGAAACUAGACGCUCAGCGCCUCCUGCAAGAAAAGGAAGAAGACAACCUGGAAAACACGACCCAGCAGCUCCUCGAACUCCUGAUGAAGAAGUACGAUUGGGUCAGCUGGUCAGUGCGGCUCAUCAACCACUCAGGGAGCUCCUACCGGAACUGGCGGGCGGGGCAGCACUUUCACCACGUGGCGGGACAGAACUGGUUCGAGGUGCUCCAGGUGAACGACAUCAACCUGGUGGUGUCGUACAGCACCAAACCCCAGCCGGUGCCCCGCGACUGCGUCCGCCAGGCGAUGGAGGGCCUGGCCAAGAAGGGCCACGCCCCGGCGGUGGUGGAGGCGCUGGAGGAGCGGCUCUGCGGCUUCGUCGUUCACGCCGUCAGUCGCCACAAGCAGUCUGCAGCCGCGUGGAGCUUUCCUGACGACUGCCACUACUGGGAGAGGCACAAGAACGUGGCAGUGUGCGUGCACUCGGAGUGAAGCCGGUUUAGAGCUUUGGGGGUUUUGCAGCGGAGGGGUGCGUUUGAAUUGAGAUGCUGCGGAUCCGAUGGGAAACGCCUGAUGGGUCUCGGCACACCCAGGUGUAAACAUCUGCAUUUAAACCCGCCUUCAUUUAUAGAGCAACACAACAAUCCCGUGUGCAAAAUAUUGUUGUGUGCAUCAGGACUUAUUUUCUCAAUAUUUACGCCCCUUUUGAAGAGUCACAACAUCGGACCUUCUGACUUUCCUUGAAACGUUUCUUUUUAAUGAAAUCAUUUUCAUUUUCUUUUUCACCCCUAGUGCUUCAAAUUCUGUAUUUAAAUGAAACCCUGUGCAACAGCUAACAACUGACGCACAACUACACUAUAAAGGGACCAAACUAGACACCGCUUUCCUGUACCUGAAAAGUAACUAUAAGAUCAAUGUAGUGGAGUGAAACAGUUUCUGCUGAAACUUGGUAGAGUAGCAAUGUGAAAUAACUUACACAAGUAAAGUACAACUAUUAAAGUGCUUUCUACAAUGUACUUCAAACCACACACACUGUGUGUAGUUAUCUAGAGAAAAAAGCAUCGAUGCAUCCUGAUCACAAACAUGUAUUUGGAUUAUUUAGUUAAAUAUUUAGUUAUUUUAUGCUAAAAUAACUAAAUCACAAAUGCACAUUUAAUAGUUUUUCUGGAAAUUAUGAUGUGCGUUUAUUUGGUGUUGUAGCUUUUCAAAUAUAAACUGCUCGCGUAUAACCGAGGCAGUAUCCGCUUGUGACUUACGGGCAACUAACCAACCAAUCUGCUCUGUGACGUGUCCAUGCUUUUACCGCAGCGUCAUGCAGUAAUAAUCCAGCCUCCCGCGAGAAACGGCCUCUGCACCUGCUCCUCUGACGGGACGGUUGUGCUGAGGCUGCAUCUACCGAGCUCCCAUUUUGUUUCUGCUCAGCAGGCUGGCCUACAUAUAACUAUGACGGAGGGGUUGGGGGGGACAGAGGAGGGGGGCUACUUUUUCAGGCGUGAAAGAACGAGGGGCUUGGAGUUUGGCACCGGAGACGCAACAAUGUGCCUUGAGUUUUAAACACGUUUAAACCGCUCGACCCCAAACAACCGAACCCCGCUGCUCACCGGGGCGGUGCCUGUAUCCGUGGAAUUCUUUAACGUUAUUUUGAUGAAUGAUGAUUGUUGUUGUUUUGCACUUUACGCCUUGUGUGAAGGGUUUUUUUUUCUCACUAUUGUAUGUGAUUAUUCUUAAUCUUAUGAUAUCCUGAUCAUGCUAAACACUUAUUUCUUUGCUCAGUAGUGGGAAAUAACUUCCCUGUGCAUCCAUAGACUUUCCCAGAAGAGACAAACAGCGCAUGCAGUACGUUUGUGAACUAGUUUAAAAUCCACUGUGUUAUACUGAGCAAUGACAUAAAUAGCCAUUUAAUCAUAUCAAAAUGUCAUGUAUCACUACUUAAACCACACUACUGUCUAUGUUAAAACCAAAUACUCUGAAUAAAUUCAGCGCAUGAUCAAUAUUUA